AUGGUUGUGUUGAACGACGAUGAUCUCGACAACUCCCCCAACACGACUAACGAGUCUGUAAUGGCCAAUGAGCAUAACGAAGAAAGUUUAGUACGGCAAGUGACCAGGAAUAAUCUUAUUGAUCUUUUCCCCGAUUCUGCAAGACGAUUUUCCCUCAGUGGUAAACCGACAAACAGCAACCAAAAAGGAUUCGAAAACAAGAAAACCGAAGCUGUAGGGCUUUCCCACAUCACCGACUACCGUGUUGGGUAUGCGUGCAAAAAGGGAUUAAAACCCGAAAGUCCAAAUCAAGACGAUUUUUUCGUUAUUGGUAUCGACGGACUCGGCAUGUUCGGCGUUUUCGAUGGUCACGGCCCGUACGGUCACGAUAUUUCCAGUUUUUGCCACGACACUUUACCCGGAUUACUUAUCAAAGACAAAGAAUUCUAUAGCGCUCCCCGUGAUGCUUUCAAAAGAGCAUUUCAAUACACCAAUAUGCUAUGCGAACAAGCUAGUUCUCGAAGGAAGUUUGACUCCUCCCUUUCUGGCACAACAGCGACGGUCGUCGUGACCAGAGAUGAAACUAUUUACUGUGCUUGGGUCGGCGACUCGCGAGCAGUCAUUGGCACUAUCGAUGAGAACGGUAAAAUUGUUGCCGAAGAUCUGUCGCGAGAUCAUAAACCCGAGAUUCCAGAGGAAAAAAGCAGGAUUGUUGCAAAGGGAGGUCAAUUAUUGUUGCCUGGUUGGGAGAAACCAACUCGAAUCAAGGAGGAAAGAGCUCUCGAAAGUCUCUAUGAUUUGCAAUGUUAUAACACGAUUCUUCCGAAGAAGGAACAACCACUUUCCCUACUCAAUAAGGGGGAUAUCGACGGCUCUGACAUACAACGUAUUGGAGUGCUCGAUGGUCGCGGUAUGCUGUAUCCAGCCUAUUUCGUCCAGAGUACAGCCGUUACCAUCAAGAUGAGCGAGAUAGAGGGAGCAGGCCUGGGAAUUUUCGCAGUCAAACCCAUCAACCGGGGGACAAUGAUAACCAUCUACGAGGGCCCCAAAGUCAGCCGUGGCUACGUAGACAAAUUAAAAACGAAGUGUGGAGCGCUCGGUUCUCACUUACGUGAAAUUCUCCCUCAAGUGGUCUACUCCGAUGGCAGAUCUAUGGCCUUAUUAGCCAGUAUGAGUGCAAACAACCAAAGAUGUGGGUAUCUCGCGAAACGAUGCCUGUAUGACGGCCCACAAGAGUCUCGGAAUAACGCUGCCAGGCGUCUGGUGAAGGUAUUCCAAAGCGGGGAGCGCACAUGGGAAGUCGUCAUGUCGCCUCGGAGCAGAACACUUGAGGGGAGCGGGAUUGCUGCCCUGUAA